AUGACGUACCGGUACGUCAUGGGUCAGGUGUCUUACAACACUGUGCCACCCUGCCCCACUGUCACUUUAAGAGAAGUGGCUGCUGGGGCUGGUCACAUGCCACACACAGUCCAGUCUGAUAUGCCCCACUUCCAGCUUGGGGUUGUGUUUCUGCUUAGAAUCCUGUUCAAGGCUUAUCCCUUACUAGUGCUAUCUGUGACCCCAGUGCGCAACAGUUCCCACUCACCUUUGUCCGGUCUUCUUCCUUCCUUCUACUUCCGUGAAGAGCGCUUGGCACAAGACCUUCCAACUGUGAGUGGUGUCCCAUGUCCCAGAGAUAGCAGGAAGAAAAGAGAAAAUAAGGAGACCAGACAGAGACAAUCGGGUGCUGUGGGGGACCAGCUAGUUCCAAGAAUCAUUACAUCUGGAUUUAAUGUUUCAGCCUCUAGCUGCCUGGGAUAUAUUGGGGAUGGAGUAAAACCUUCCUUGUACCUUCAGCACACGUCCAAAAGAAAAAGAAGGGUCCUUUUUUCACAGGCCCAAGUGUAUGAGCUCGAGAAAAGAUUUGAGCAACAGAAAUAUCUUACUGCACCAGAGAGGGAGCAGCUGGCCAAACAUAUCCACCUCACCCCUAACCAGGUCAAGAUCUGGUUCCAGAAUCAUCGCUACAAAAUGAAGAGGCAAGCCAAAAACCGGGAUCAUCUAGGCGAGGAGGAAGCCAAGCCCUACAGCGUGGAGUCUGAUGAUGCCAAGGUGGCAUGUAGUAGUCCAUGUACCUCCAUCGAGGACUAUAGCGACAUGAAGAUAGACUAUAAGUGUUCAAUCCAAGACCAACAUCUCAAUGGCCAAAGUCUGUUCUUGGGUCAGGACUUCCUCAGCUCUACCUCAGACCUUAAUGAGUUUGAUAAGUCGUCUCGAAAUAUGGUCUUUAAACCUUGGUGACUGAGAGAAUAUCCUUAUCCUUCCUAUGUUAAAAAUGGUGGACAUAAGUAUAGCUGCCACUCCUACCCUUAAUCCAUUGAUUUUAAAAAUAUAGUGAUAUGAUGCAUAGAUGUUGGGUGAAGAUGAGAUAUUUUUUACAUAAAGCAG